UUUAGCGAAGAGAAAAAACAAUAUUAUUUCACUAAAAAUUUUAUUUUUCAAAUCAUUUUAUUUUUUUAAAUUUUCAUCCAUUUCCUUUAUUAACGCCCCCAUAGAUUUACUCCCUAUAUAUUUUUCUAUUUAAGAAAUAUUUCUGCGCAUUAAAAUGCCAUUGGCUAAAUGAGAAAAAUAUUAAUUUUAAUAAUUUACACAUCAUUUUGAAUAUAAGGAGCUUUUACUAAGCUGAUUUAUUGAAAAGAGGAAACGUUGUUUUAAGCUGGAGUGGUCAAUGGAGAUUGAAAAUAUUGUUGCUAACACGGCCAGGACCGGUGGGCAAAGGAAAGGAAAAAGCAAAAAAUGGCGUCAUUACCUUCAAUUUCCUUAUCCCUUUAUUGUUGAAAAACAACCAAUUGGCCGGUUACUUUUUAAAAGAUUUUGUGAACAACAAAAACAAGAAGAUUUGGCUAUUUGUUGGCGAUUUUUAGAAAGGGUAGAAGAAUAUGAAACUAGUGGUAAGGGAAAAAAAUUUUAUUUGAAUCCACUUAAUAUAAUAUAUUCGAUUGAAAAUUUAUUAAUAGCUUAGCAUCAUAAGCUUAACUUUGAGUUAGCAGUGAAGUCAAAUUUUAUUUUUGGAUGCCAGGAUUAGUUUCUUGCAAAGUAAACAUAGAAUUAUUUAUGGUUUUAGGUUCACAAAUUGUUUGGACAAUAGGUGAACAUCGAUUUAGGUGAGUCAAAAUGCCGAUCAUUUUACAACAAAUAAAGAUUGAGAUUAGUAAAACAAGGCAGUUGUAGAU